GCGGAAGGAGGAGUUGUACACAACACUUAAUGGUAUUCUCACUGGAUUGGUGGUGGUUCUUGAUCCGAUGCUUCAAAAUACGCAGUAUUCGUCACUGCAUGCAGCUGGCUUCAAGGUUAUCAUCCACGAUCCAACUGAGUAUCCAGGUUCUCAGUCCAGUUCGAAGAUCAUAUCCCCUGGAAAUGUAGCAUAUUUGCAAAUAGUUGGUACAAAGAUGGUAAGUAGUGAAGCUGUCAAACAAUUGCCAAUCAGCCAACGCGAUUGCAUAUAUGGAGAUGAAGGUCCAAAGAAGGCUUUUCAAGCAUUUGACGGCCCUUACAGUGAUUCUAACUGUUUAACAGGAUGUGAAGCAAAGGCCUUUUAUGCUAGAUGCGGAUGUGUGCCUUACUAUUAUGCUUAUUUUGGUGGAGCGAUUUGUAACAUAACAGAAAUCCCAUGCCUUCUUAAUGUAAAAAGUGAUAGAGCCCAAAACGCAAAGCAAUCAAUGUGCGAUUGUAUGCCACAGUGUGAGGAUGAUUUUUACGAAAUCCUUUCCACUACAUCUAAGCUUGAAUACAACCAGAGUAUGUGCGUAUACUCAUUUGAUUCGCUUAACCUAAGGAAUGAUCACACAGUGGUGAAUAUAUUUUUCCUGGGACAGACACAAACUAUUUAUUUGAGGGAUACUAUAACAUCAACCGUUUAUUUAUUGUCUUCAUUUGGGGGAGUAUACAGUCUCUUCAUAGGAUGCAGUUUGAUAACAAUUAUCGAGAUCUUAUACUAUUGCUUCUUCAGAUUCGUGGUUAACCUCAAAAUAUUUGGAAAAGUAACAACUGACUACGAAGUAUCUCAAAAACAACACCACAAGAGGACAAGGAACCUUACCAUAGGAAUGACCAACCCAGACCACAAACACGAUUUCUACUAUGAAAAUAUUUAUUUACCUUAACUAAGAUUCUAUAACAUUCAUAAUUACUUUAUUAUGUAACGUAUUUGUUAAACUCAUUAUAGUUGGAAACAUAUGUGUAUUACAAAAAUUUAUGAAACCUCACUUAGGUCUGAAUUGCUAAAACUCCAAGAACAAAC